AUGAUCAGCGUCCUCGAACCCCGUCCACACAAAAACCUCGCCCUCCCAGAGUCUUCCAGCGUGCCCAUUCACGCACCCUCCAACUUGAACACACUCCCUAAACCGCGUUCACACCCUUUGCCAACCCCAGCGCCAUCUCCAUCUCCCUCCCAGUCGUCCUAUUCUGCUUCGGCCUCGUCUUCUUCGACAUUCUCUAGCCCAAGCACAAAUAUGCUCGCACUUGGCGGCCUUCCAAGCACUCUUGCACCAUUUUCUCGCUCGUUUUCCCCAUUUACGCCCACAUUCAGCCCUUCCCAAUCGCGCCUGAGUGCCUUGAGACAGUGCAUGCCCGCGACACCCGAGGACCCGUUUACGCACCUUCCCAGCAUUGAGUCUGAGCAACUUGAUGCUUUCCGCGGUUCAAAGAGCCGUGUUGUUCGCGUGAGUGUUAUCUUGCAUGCAUCUCCGCUCAACCCGCUUUUCCGCUAUAGAAAGAUGCGCCGUUACUGA